AGCUCAAAGAGUCGACCGCCAUGACGCAGAAGUUGAGCUUACCCAACUUACCUCCCUGUGACCCGGAAACGCUGGGCUUCGACAAGGAGACCUUGGAAACCCACUCUGCCGCCAAUGCUCGGCAGAUUGCCAUGGGCCGCGUUCCCAGCCAACCACUUCACCAGAGGAGGCCGACUGGACCCAUACAAUUCGAACACCAGAGACGGCUACAUGCCCGGAGUUGCUGAAUGUGCUGUCAAAGACAAUAAACUUGUCUAUGUCGACAUCCGCGGAUACCAGGACAAAGAAAGACGAGCGCCCAUGACGCAGAAAUCCUUGUUCAGAUGUCAUUCGAUGACGAAACCAAUCACUGCCGUGGCCUUCAUGAUUUUGUGGGAGGAGGGAAAGCUGGCGCUCGAUGACCCGGUGCACAAGUACAUCCCCGCGUUCAAGAACAUGAAGGUGUCCAAAGGAGGGCGCUUGGUCGAUUCCAAGCGGCCAAUGACAUUGCGGCACUUGGUGACGCACACUUCAGGCUUAGGCUAUGGCCCCUCGAGGGAGCGCAAAACUGAGAAACUGGAAGAUGGGCCAUAUCUCUCCUUGGUCAAGCGGAUUGAUGCAGGAGUGAUCUCCAAUCUGAAAAGCUUUUGUGACGAGCUGGCCACAUUUCCCUUGCAGUUUCAUCCUGGCGAUCGAUGGGAAUACUCCAUGGGCUUGGACGUUCUGGGACGUGUGUUGGAAGUGGUGUCCGGGACGCCCUUGGAUAAACUCUUCCGGCAGCGCAUUUUUCGGAAGAUGGGCAUGAAGGACACUGCCUUUUGCGUGAGCCCCCGGAAGGCCCACCGACAGCUGACAGCCUACUACGUGACAAAGGUGAGGUCCAAGAAUCGCAAGACCAAGCUUCCAAACAACUUCUUCUCCCGGAGGGCCGAUGGCAUUCAUCCUCAGAUGAGCGCCUGGGUGCGCGGGCGAUCCUUGAGAGUGCUCUCUGGAGGUGGCAUUUGUGGUUCCUUUGCAGGUGGCUUGUUGUCAUCGUUGCGCGACCAAACAAUUUUUUGCGAUGUGCUGCUCAACGGAGGUUAUGCUCGCACAACGGGCUGCCAAGUGUUGAAGCCCGCAACCGUGCGGUUGCUUUGUAGAGAUUGGCUUCGCAUGAAGGCAGUGUCCAACAAGCAGCAUUUGCGCGGCUGGGGCAUGGGGCGUGAUGUGGGUUGGUGCCCAGUGGGGCAUUGGAUGCCGAAAGCUCGACUGAUGUUUAUGGGUGGCAUCACCACCAGCUGGAGCAUUAGCUUUGCCACAAAACAGUUCCAGGUCUCUAUGACUAGCAGCUCGUGUGAUGCAGAUGUGCACAACUGGGAUGAUCGGAAGGAUGACCUUUGUGGAGCUGUUGAGCAUGCUGAAAAGGUGUGGCAGCGCAAGCGCAGGAGGAUUGUUCAGAGUGGAUGAAGUGGACAGAAGCACCCUGCGGGUGGCCAGUGAGCGCAGGCGAGAGUCACUUGAGCAUGGCAGAUCCUAUGAUGCGAGCAAUGCAACCAAUGCAUGCGCCGCAGUCCUGCUCCUUAAGACCUCA